AAGAUUUAAAUGGUUGGAGUAUUUUUAUUAAUUCACAUUAUAUAGUGUGAGAGAAGCUAAUAUGGUAUCUAAUAUUUGAUAGAUUUUUUCAUUUACUAUUUAAUUAAAUAAUUUAUUUUAUAUAAAAAAAUUAAAUGAAUUAUUAUAAAAUUAUGUAUGGUUUUAUGUCUUGAUUUUUUGUAAUUUAAAAAAAUUGAUUUUUAUUCCAUAAUGUAGUGGGAAUUGGGACGGACUCGUCAUUUUGAAACACCUACCACUCUUUUAUAAGCAGAGUGCGAAUUUGAUAUUGCUGAAAAAUUUUCAUUUCUUUUAUUUCACUGCCAACAACUUCUCUAUAGGGGGCUUAGGUCUCUCUCAGAGUGGACUUUUCACACUUCCAUUUUCCUCUGCUUUUUUGCUCUAAGGUUACCGGAGAAGUUUCUCCCACAACGGUUUUCAGAAAAUGGUUAAUGGAGGAACAGUGAACAAUUGGAUAUGCGUAAAUUUUUCUCUGAAUGUUCAAGACAGUGUAGCCCGUGGAUUUUGUUAUGAACUUGCGCAAAUGUGUCACAUAUCAGGCAUGGCUUUUAAUCCUGAGCCGGUACUUCCUCCAAUCAGUGGUCGUCCAGAGCAGGUAGAGGAGGUCUUGAAAACUCGUUAUCAUGAUGCCAUGACAAAGCUUCAGCCCCAGGGCAAGGAACUUGACCUUCUUAUUGUAAUUCUCCCUGAUAAUAAUGGUUCCCUUUAUGGUGAUUUGAAACGGAUAUGUGAGACAGAUCUUGGCCUUGUUUCUCAGUGUUGUUUAACAAAGCAUGUAUUCAGAAUGAGUAAGCAGUAUUUGGCCAAUGUGGCUUUGAAGAUAAAUGUGAAGGUUGGAGGAAGAAAUACUGUACUUGUUGAUGCAAUAUCAAGGCGCAUUCCUUUAGUCAGCGACCGGCCCACUUAUUUUUGGUGCUGAUGUUACCCAUCCUCAUCCUGGGGAAGACUCAAGCCCAUCUAUUGCAGCUGUAUUCUAUCUUUCUCCACUCUUCUGAAUGCCUCUUAUCUUGUAUUCACUGAAUUUGAUCUUGCCUUUAAUAGCUUAAGGAGUUAUAAGGAUGUGUUCAUCCCUCUGGAGUAAUAAGGUGAUUGCCGUGUGCUAGAGAAUUGGAGUGAUAAGGUGUAUUUUUGUAAAUAUGUUUUACUUUGAAUGUGUCUAAGUGGUUAUGAUUCUGCGAGUGAUGAGUUUGAUUGCCUAAGUUAGUUCAGUUAUUUUCUCC